CUUAGUUGUGGCAGGUGGGGCUCCUUAGGAGCCCCACUUUUCUGCCCUUGUGCUUCAGCAACCAGCCGAUGGGCCUGCAGAAUAGGGUCCCCUGGGAGCAGGUGAGAAAUGCAGAGGCAUAGUCUCCUGCCCAGACCUGCCCAAACAGAAUCUGCAUUUUAACGGGAUCCCCAGGGAAUUUAUAUGCACAUGAAAGUUGGAGAACGGGUGCUUUUGAAGGGGGAGCUGCAAACUUUUCCUGUAAAAGGUCAAAUGGUAAAUACCUGGCAACUACUCAACUCUGCCUCUGCAGCUUGAAAAUAGCCAUACACAGUACAUAAAGGAAUGAGUUCGGCUGUGUUCCAGUAAACCUUUAUUUAUGGACACAGAAAUUUGAAUUCCAUAUACUUGUGUCACGAAGUAUUAUUAUUCUUUGAGUUUUGGUUUUUUAAAAAAUCAUUUCGAAAUAUAAAAAAGUGCUCUGUGUUUGCAGGCCGUAUGGAGAGCUGAGUCUGGCCCAUGGGCCACAGUUGGCUGACGUCUGCACUAGAACACUUGUUCUCCAGCUUGAAAUCACCUGGGGAGCUUUUUUUUUUUUUUUUUUUUUUAAGGAAAACCACUAGUUCUUGAGUCCCACCCCGGGAAAUUCUGAUUCAUUGGUCUGGAGUGAAGUGUGGACAUCAGGGCUUUCCAGUGCACCGCAGAUAAUGCUAUUGGGCAGCAGAACGUGAGAACUUCUGCUCUGUAAUAUUUUGUAAGCAAAGUAAGGUUUAUUUUAAGCUCUUUCUUUUUUUUUUAAUUGUAGAAUUUGGCAGUCACACUGGUGUCUCAGACCGGGAUUGUACAUGAUAGCCUGAGAGCAAGGUUUCUCAUCAUUCUUUGUGUCGCUUUGUUGUUUGUUGUGUUUGGGGUGGGGACCGUCCUGUACACUGCGGGAUGUUUAGCAGCAUCCCUGGCUUCUACCCACUCACUGGCUGCCAGUAGCGCCCGCCCCGUUGCGAUGACUUGAAAUGUCUCCACACGUCCCCUGGAGGGCAAAAUCGUCCCCAGUUGGAAACCAGUGAUGUGAACGUUGCAGAGCAUGUGUUUGUGCUGUCUCAAGAACGCUCUGCCUCCGUGCUGUUGACAUUGGGGUUGUAUAGCUGUUGAGGGGCUGUCCCGUGCCCUGUAGGAUGCUGAGCGGCAUCCCUGGAUUCCACCCACUAGAUCCUGUAGCGCCCCCUCCUCCGCCAGUCGUGACAACCCAAAAUGUCUCCAGACGUUGCUCGAGGUCCCCUGGGGGGGGGGCACCGUCGCCCCCUGUUGAGAACGGCUGCUUGAGCCAACUCUGAGUCAGGGGGGCCUUGGUCCCCUGACAUCCGCUUUUAUGUCUCUUAAGUAAGGAUUGUCUCUGCCUCCGUUUUCCUGCUGGUUGUUUGAAAGUUGCAAACCUUGGUUACUUCUUUUCUUUUUGAAUUUGGUGGGUCGUUAGGAAUCAGUAAAGCAGCAAGGAAGGUCAUGCGGAGAGGGCUGUGUGUGUGUGUGUGUGUGUGUGUGUGUGAGAGAGAGAGAGAGAGAGAGAGAGUGAGAGUGAGAGUGUCAUUCCCUGGGGAAGAAUCUGAGCCCUUGUUGCUGCCUUCUGAGCCAGCAUUAAAGCUGCAGCCAGGAUCACAGACAACUCGGGGCAAAUCACUGGGCCGUUAUGAACUCACAGCCAUGGCAACAGCCAUCCACAAGCCCGAGGACAAAACAUGUUUUAUUCUGUUGUUCUGCACAGAAGGUUCUAGUGAUGCCAGAGACAAAAUGGCCAUUGAGAGGAAGAGGCGUUGAGGCCUAUUUUUUCUCCCUACUGUGUGGUUUAUAUUUAAACUAUCUUAGGCUAACGCACACUGGAGUUGUAGUGCAAAUCAAAACGGAAAAUUCUCUUUAGCCUCAGAGACCGGCCAAAUGAAGGCCGAAGACUUUAUUAACCUAACAGAGCUGCUGGGGUGGGGUGGGGGGCACGGGAGGCGGCGUUGGUGAGAGGUACUGAGAAUAUUAGUAAAAUGUGCUAGAAGGCCUAGCAGUGAUUUUUUUUUCCCCACAAGUAGUUCGCAGUCAUCCAAAAAAAUGCUUUCCUUGCCUUUUCUGGUUUAUGUUCACCAACGUUGUCAUUGCUGGUUUGAAGCUCGGGAAAGCUCAGCCUGUGGAUUUACAGGAAUAUCCAAGAAAAGCAUCGAUCUUCCGUAGCUGGCAUCAACAUUUCACAGCGUGGCGCUUUGCUGAUACUCGGCACCACUUCCGUCUUUAAAAACAUCAGCCUGGCCUGUGACUUCUCAUGCUGGGGACAGCCCGAAGCAAAGAUCCAGGACCUUUGUCUGGGUGGGGCUGGGGUGUGAUUGGUCUGUGUUCUCAGACCGUCUGCGGUAAGGCACUAAAGCAUCUUUGAUGUGAAAAAUCGGAGGUUAACAGUGCCUGCUUGGCUCAGAAAAAAACACUCUAGUUGCACUCUUUUCAAGAUGGCUGAACCGCUUGGAACAUUGUGUUUUUCUUCGUUGCGGCCCCUGGAACUUGCCAUUUGAUUUGCAAGUGGCUGGAGUUAUGGCCAAGCCCAGCAGGCCACCUCUUCGGGAGAAAACACCAAACAUAGUUGACACAAAAGCAGGCACUUCAAAGGGACUCAGGAUGCUGCACCUGGGACUGGUGGCUGGCCUGGGCUUCUCAGACUUUCACGCACACAACUGCGGGCUUGUUCAGUUGCAGAUUCUGACUUGGUUGGUCUGGGGUGGGGUCCAAGAUUCCACAUUUCCCCCAAGCUCCCUGCCGCACCUCAGGCAGCUCGUCCAAGGACCGUACUUGGCAAAGCAAAGGCUUUAAAAUACUUUCAGCUGCUAAAUGGUCCCCUCAUGUCUUUCCUUGACCUCUGAAAGUGUUCACUGCAGUCCAGAAGCUGACAGCAUCCAGCAUCAGCUCUUCUGAGCUACAGACCCACAUAUCCGAUCGCCUACCGGAAGCGCCCCCCUUAAGAUGGCAUCCGGUCACCUCAAACUCAGCAUGUCUAAAACUGAACUCACCAUCUUUGUCCUCAAAGCCUAGCCCUCCUGGGUCAAGCCCAGCUCAGGGAACAGCACAACAUCCAUCGGGUUCCAUGUGCAGAAACGGAGGAGUCAUCCUUGGUACUCACCAGCCAUCCCGAACCCCUCCUUUGAGUCCACACCAAGUUGUGGCCACUUGACAUCUCAAACCUCUCUCAGACCCAUCCCUUUCUUCCACUUCCGCUGCUUUUGCCCUGGUCCGAGCGCCUGCCCUCUUUUUGCCUGAACCAUCGCAGCAAGCUCCUCCCCAUCUCCACGGCCACUUUGUUCCCGUCACAUCCGCCAGGAGGAUCUUCUACAACCCCAGUCUGUUCCCUGGGGUUAAAAAUGUUCAGUGGCUUCCCAUGAUGCUGCGGAUAAAGUCCAGAAUCCUUCAGGAGGCCUGGAAAGCCCUCAGUGCUUCUAGCUCCAAUAGACCCUCUCCUGCCUUCCUUGCCCCACCCUCACCGUGUACUCUCUCUGUUCUGGCAUCUUUUAUGUCCGGGAAAGCGCCCUGCUCUUUGCCACCCUAGAGCUUUUGUUCGCACUGUUUCUGUUUCCCGGAACGCCCUCCGUAACCCAGCCCCCUCUCCUUUUACCUAAUCGGCUCCAAUCUAUCCUUCAGAUCUAAGCUGCGGAGGCCGUUCCUGGUCACUGUCCAGAAGCCUAAGUAAGUCCUCAUGGUUUCCUCGCCUAGCACUUCUGAGCCCACAACCAUUUGGAUAGUGUCUGUUUCCCCCAUAGGCUAUAAACUCCAUUAGCGUGCAGACCACGCCUAUCGUAGCUCGCCAUCGAGUCCCCAGCGUCCAGCCCGGUACCUGGGACCUCAGAGACACCUCGGUGAGCAUUGAAUGUUCACAAAUGGAAUGAAUGGGUGAAUGGACAGCUGCCCCCUCCUUCCCAGCGCUCUCAUCCUCACCCGCGUCUGGUACCCUGCCUAACUGACAGCUUCCAUUCAGUCGGGCCUUUAAGAGACCCCAGUACCCAAGAUGAUGAUAACAGCAAGGUUAUGGGGCAGAGCUUGUCUUGUUCAAAUGAGAGCUGAGCUGCACCGUCAGGGGACCCCGUGCUGACUGCUUCUUCGAAGUGCGUUACAGGUCGCUUCGUGUUGAUCCGUCGGGUCCGUUGAGAAUUUAAUGAUUGACUCAUUAGCCAUGGGUGCUUCUUCACAGCCUGCUGUCUAAUCCCUUGAAGACCAUUGUUUCAUAGGUUUUGUUCAGUUCGGUUGUGGUCUCAGGCAGGAGGAUAAAUUAGGUCCCUGAUACUCCGUCUUGGCCAGAAGCCAGGAAUCGUUUCAUGGCAUUAGGUGUUUACUGUCGCACAGUUUGGCUGGUAAAGAUAUCAGGCGGGGCUGCCACAGUGUAGAGCUGGCAUGAUUCUUUAGGACAGUGGUUCUCAGAUUGGAGCCUACGUGAGAAUCACCCGAAAGCACAGAUGACCGGCUCUACGCCCACCCCCCUCCCCCAGAUUUUCUGAUUCAUUUGUUCCAGGGUGGGACCCAAGACUUUGCCUUUUUACCAUGGUCAUAGGCGACACUGCUGCUCCUGGUCCUGGGGCCACACUCGGGAUGUCAGUGCUUCCAGAUAGGGGUCUGCAAACUUCUUCCGUAAACAGUCAUCGUUUCAGCCUUUGUAAGCCACGUGCCCUCUGUCACAGCUACCCAACUCUGCCAUCGUAGAGCAGAAAUAGCCACAGGCGACGUGUAAAUGAAGGGGGUGUGAGCUGUGUUCCGAUAAAACUUUAUUCACAAAAAUACAGGCUGUAGUUCACCGACGCCUGGUUUAGGGGGACUUGGAGUGUUGACUCUGCUGUGGGUAGUACAGUGGGUGAUUUCUGUUCCCUGUCAGAGCGAAGGGGAAAGCAGUAGUUCUAGCACAUGCCAGUUCCUUGAUAUAGUAUGAUGGUUCCUGUACUCGGGAUGAUAUGGUAGGCAAGGCAAUGUCUGCCCUUCUGGGCUGUACUUCUGUCUAACACUGUGAAAUGAACCACUACUACUGUGGCCAUAUAAAGUAGGAAGAACCCCUCCUGCCUCCUCCCACAUAAGUACACCCAGGACUGGCUCCAUAGUUCGUAGGCCCAGUGCAAAAGUGACAAUGCGGAUACCUUUGUUGAGAAAUUAUUAAGCAUGUCCAGAUGGCAGUAUCGGAGUAUUGUACUAAGCACAGGGCCCCCAUGGGCCUGUGCAGGUGGUACUCCUGGGAGGCCAGCCUAAACACACCGUCAGCGUCCACCGCCACGCCUCUGCCGCACACAUACCUGCACGUUUUUCGAGUCAGAAAUGCUGUUAAUGUGAGGAUCCUAACAGUUUUGAUAUCAUAUUUUAGAAACAUAUUUAGGUUUCUCUUGCUAACUUUUUGCAGCACUUUUGGUUCCUCUGGGUUAAGUGUGUGGCGUACGACCAAAUCGCCCAGUGUUCAAAGUUAUGUUACACGCUGUGGGGAGAGACGGCUUCUAGACUGACACAGAAGGUACAGUGGGGAGUGAUCCAUUUACGGAUGCUUGGCUAUCCGCCACACGUGCAAUUUUAGCCGUGUGGGUAACUGGUCAACCAUGCUAGAAUAAGCGCUGCCUCCAGCUGUAUUAUUUCCUAUAAAUGUUAACCAGGUCAGUUCCUAUAAAUUUCACCCAGCUUCUGCUCACGGUGGCCAGCAGGGUCCGUAAGAGUUUUAUCUGUGCAUGUGGAACGACGGUGACCCACGUGGUGACUUGUGUUCUACAGGAGCCAGAGUUCUAUGCUUGCAAAUAAAAUCAUCCACUGAAAACCUCAGAGCGUGGGCUUCUGCUGAGAGUAUGAUUCACUGAAGUGGUCCCCCAAAUUCUCGAGUCCUUGGUUUCCCCUGCUGUUCUAAAACUAGACCCACAGCAUGGGGUAUACGGAGUCCACGAGAGAGAUACAUUGGAGGGAAAGUGUAGCCUUGAUCUCGUGGUGAAAUUGGGACUGAACAGCAUCAUUCUUCUAACCCCACUUGUCUUUUUGAGCCAGGGAACAGCUGUGAUGCUUCCUUUGAAAGAAGCAGAAUGCUCUAACCCUUUGGAUGAAAGAGUGUUUUGAAGUGGCAGCUGGGGAUUUGGAAGGAUGAGUUCUAUUGUUAAAGGGCAAGUGCGUUACGCUGCUGUAACACCUAGCCCUAACUCCCGAUGAUGAGAAAGGAUGUGGGCUUAUGAAAAUAAUAUGCAACAGAAAUCUUCAGAUUUCUUCAAGUUUUAUCAGAUUAUAUACCCAUGUCCCCACGUCAGCUGUUUACGUAUUCUGCAUCCUAGGUUUUUCUGGAGGAAGCCUUUCCGGACCCCUCUCCAAUUUGAAUUCUAUCUCCUCCUGUCCUCCGUCUUCCGUCUCUCUCUUUUCCCCCGCCCACCAUCCACUGGCUCUCCAGCAGCCUCUAUCUUGGUGCUCAUCACGCUGUGCUAUAGAAAUUCUGGUCCUCAUCUGCCCGCAGCAUUAAACUGAUCUCCUUGAAGGCAGAGGAGGCGUUUUAUUUUACGUUUGUAUUCCCAGUGCCAAGCACAGUGCUUAGCACCCUGUGGCUCCUCACAAAGUCCUGAGUGAAUGAAAUCCAAAGAAAGACUCAGAACCUAGCUCAUGUCCCAGAAAAGUGAAUUUGUGGCAAGUCAAAAUUGAUCUUCCACAGCGGUGUUCUGUAGUGAUGGAAUGUCCUAUAUCUGUUCGGUCCAACAUGCUCGCCCCCAGCCCACGUGGCUGCUGAGCGUGUGAAAUGUGGCUUAGGCAGUGGAGGAACUGAAGUUGUGAUUUUAUUUUGAAUAAUUUAAAGAGCCACGUGUGCGUGGUGGCCGCCAUAUUGGACAGCACAGUCUCAAGGCCACACUUCUCUAUCCAGUAAGGACCAGAUAUAACUUUGUUAGCUAGGGAAGCAGGCGUUCAUCUUGUUCCUAACUUCAUCAUGGAGGCUGAGAAUGGGGGAGGUGGGGAAUGAUACAACACAAGAGAAAAGAGGUCUAUUGUCUCUCUUAUAUAAUGGAAUACAUCGAGGCCAGGGAUUUUAGUUCCUCUCGGUUUGGGAGCCUGGAGAGCGUUUGGACUUGCAGUUGCAUUCCUCUCGCCUCACCUCAGGCCCUAGAAGGUCACAGGACACAAUAAGAUUGACCUCCGUCAUCCUCGUUCACAAAAUCUCAAGUGUCCAAAGCUCUUUAGGGUACUGACUUGCUAGUGAACUUGAACUGUAUUGUGUGCUGGGUCCCAUUUUAGGCAGUUCCGUCAGUCCAUUUCAGGGAGGUUGGUCUUCAUGAAAACAGCUGGUCAUCUUUUGAAAUGAAAGGCAGCACACUUUCUGAUGAGGGCCCGACCUUUUUAUUUUCCAAUGAACUGAAGAGAGAUUGGGUAGCGAGUGUAUAGUCACCGCUUGGGGUAGGGUUAAGCAAAUGCUAGUUUAGAAUGGGAUGCUCAUCCAAAUGGAAAAGGCUCACUCCAGUGUUUCUCUCUGUGUAGUCGUUCCCCGUCUACUGUAAAGACCGUUGGGGUGAAAGAAAUUUAGCCGCCUUAACGUGCUUGCCCUGAAGUCAUGAAGUGCUCGUGAUUGCUGUUAAACAUCGUGAUGCAUUCAGAGUUCGAUUUCCCCGACAAGCCAUUUACUCAAGGGUCUGCAUAAUGUAAACAGGGAUGGGAGGUCAGGAGAGGUACUGACAUUAUCCCCGAGGCCGGCGGCGCUGCUCUAGUGAAACGUAAAUGUCUCCGAACUGAAAAUGUCACCUGACUGCCCCCGGGGAGGUCUAUAAGGACGUCUCAAGUCAAAGUUGAUUUUAAAAAGGAAUGAAAGUCUUAUUCCUCUCAAGAAUGAAGCGUGAACGGUGGCUCUUUCCUUCAUUUCACUUCAUGGCUGCUCAUUUUGUCUUUUGUUUUUUCCCCCUCCUCUGUUCCUUUUCCCUCUUCAAGUACUUAAAUGUCGUCACCCACCAGUUCGGGGUCCUUUCUGACUCUGAACGCUUGUGUUGGAGGGCGGCAGGUGGAAGCCGAGGAGGGGGUUGGGGGGAGGACUGUGAUUAAAUUGCUUGUGCUUCCUGGCCCAGGGGAACAUUUUUAUUUAAAAGUUGAGCUAAUUUCUGAUAUUGACAUGACUUGAGUGGACCCACUUGAGCGGAUCUGGGUGACUUGGUUCUUCUAGGGACCAACAUGCCCACCGCCUUUCCAAAAUGAUUCCCUUGAUAUUUUCCUGACCACAGCAAUAGCGUCAUUACUGUAUUUGACUCUUCUGGUUGCCCAGGAGGUCAAAGGCUCGGGGAGAGCCAUUGGCUGCUGCAGAGAGAGAGAAAUAGGUACCCGAAACCCCAGCAGCAGGCUGAGGUCGGGGGGAACUUGACGGGCACCGCAGCCUCACUGCAGUUCUUCGGACAUUGCUAGUGGGGUGACGGCUGCUCGCUGCCACUUGAGCAGGGGCCCCUGAGCCGAGGCCGGGUCAGACAAGAACUGGUAGAAUGGUGCCUUACUCCAGAACUAUUUGUCAGUGGGCUGCUCUGCCACUCACCCCGAGCAAAGUAAGCUACACAUUUCCUCUUGGAGCCCCCGAGUCAUCACCCACAGAAUGGGAGAUGACGACAGCUCCCGCUCUGGUCCUUGGGGCGUUGAGCUAUUGUCCAGAGCGUGCGCGGGAAGAUGGACGAGUCGAGCCUUCUCUGUUGUUAAUGGGUGGCCUUCACGAAAUCGGGAGGAUUUUGGCCCUUAACAGCGGCGUUUUCUCUCCUCUGGGUCCAGGCUGCUUCGAAUGCUGCAUCAAGUGUCUGGGAGGAGUCCCCUACGCCUCCCUGGUGGCCACCAUCCUCUGCUUCUCCGGGGUCGCCUUGUUCUGCGGCUGUGGGCACGUGGCUCUCGCGGGCACCGUGGCGAUCCUUGAGCAACACUUCUCCACCAACACCAGUGACCACGCCCUGCUGAGUGAGGUAAUACAACUGAUGCAGUAUGUCAUCUAUGGAAUCGCGUCCUUUUUCUUCUUGUACGGGAUCAUUCUGCUGGCAGAAGGCUUCUACACCACGAGCGCAGUGAAAGAGCUGCACGGGGAGUUUAAGACAACCGCCUGUGGCCGGUGCAUCAGUGGGAUGUUCGUCUUCCUCACCUAUGUGCUGGGAGUGGCCUGGCUGGGCGUGUUUGGUUUCUCUGCGGUCCCUGUGUUCAUGUUCUACAACAUAUGGUCAACCUGUGAAGUCAUCAAGUCCCCCCAGACCAAUGGGACAGCCGGGGUGGAGCAGAUCUGUGUGGACAUCCGACAAUACGGUAUCAUUCCUUGGAACGCUUUCCCAGGAAGAAUAUGUGGCUCGGCCCUGGAGAACAUCUGCAACACCAAUGAGUUCUACAUGUCCUAUCACCUGUUCAUCGUGGCCUGUGCCGGAGCUGGCGCCACCGUCAUUGCCUUGCUGAUCUACAUGAUGGCUACUACAUAUAACUAUGCGGUUUUGAAGUUUAAGAGUCGGGAAGAUUGCUGCACUAAGUUCUAACUUGCAUAAGGCCAAUAAGGAGCUUUAGACAGCUAUACGCAGUAGCAUGAAGUAUCACUGACCCCCAGACUAAAAGCAGAGCCUAGGUUUCUGCAGUUUUGUUAUAGUAAUUUGUAAAUCGCUGUAGUCAACUCAUUGUGCAUGGUAGAUUAAUGACAUGACUUACCGUCCAUGAACUACAAAAUAAUGAGAUCGGGCCGGAAGGGAUUCAGUUACGUACUGACAUUGGUGAGCAGCCACUGAAACUUUGAGCAGUAGUGUCUCUAAGCAUUAAAACUUUGCAAUACCUGCAGU